UUAGAAUGAACGCACAGCCCCGCCUUUAAUUGGAGGUGCUGCAACCCCGCCUUCAGCAUGCUCAUGUGUCUCCUAAAGAAACGUGUGUUUUGACGCAGAAACCGAGCACAAGGGUCUGAGCUUCACACGGGACUAAAGAAGCAUUAAACCAAAAGUUAUGGGAAACUAAGCCUUCUUUUAUCCAGCGCGGUGCCUGUCAACUCUAUAUGUAACUCCAGCCACUUUUCCUGCGUUCAAACUACUCGAGUAAAAAGAGGGAGGAGCCGCUAAAAUCAACUUCAGCUCAUAUAUUAUCAUAAGAAACCAGCGCCCUGCUGCUACUACACAGCUGCUCCUCUUGAGACGAAGUUGACCGAUCCAGCAGAAUUAGCCAACUAUCAGCUGCACGAUGGGGGAUUUGAUCUCAACUCAUCUGGACGAAGCCAAACGGGAGGUUAUAACAGCACGGACAGGGGAGCUGAUGGGAGAGUUUGGUCGGCUAUAUGAGCAGCAGUAUGCAGUCGCUCUCUUUAACAAGAUGCGCUUUGACAUCGAGGGUGGAGGAGGACCUCAGAAUCAGCUCCUGCACAGUAAGGUGCCUCUUAAGAAUAAGUCCAUCUUCUCAGGUGCUUUGUUCCAGUAUCUAGAAGAGAACAAAAAAUGGAGGAAUCGUUUUCUAUUUAUUCCUGACUCCUACAACAUCAACUAUUACGAAAACAAACAGGCCCAUGACAGAGGGUUGCAUCCUAAAGGCACCAUUAACUGUGCUGGCUACAGGGUCCUGACCUCUAUGGAAGAAUAUCUUGAGCUCCUUAACAUGAGCCUACCAGGUGUAAAAGCUAAAGUUGGCAGUUCUCCAUUCCUGAAAUGUGCGACGCAGUUUCCCCUCAUUCUCUGGCAUCCUUAUGCUCGCCACUACUGUUUCUGCGUGGUGACAGAGAAGGAGCAGCAAAAGUGGAACGCUGUCUUUCAAGACUGUGUCAGGCACACCAACAAUGGACUGCCUGAGGACUGUAAAGUUCAGACCCCCGCGUUCACAGAUGCAGUGCGACUCUAUCGACAGGUCCAUGGUCACUAUGGAACCUGGGACAUGAUGUGUGGGAUGCCUCCACAGAUCCUUGCCAGUCUUGUCAUGGAGACCCUCCUCCCUGAGAUGAGAGACCUCAUUACCCCCAAACUGAAGGGCAAGAUGCAUGAGAGACAGAGGAAUUGGAUGCUGAUAUCAGAUGCAGUGUACGGUUUGGUUCAGAGCCAGACACAGGCGCAGUAUGAAGCAGUAGUGCAGAGCUGUGAAGCAGGUCGCCCCCCACUGGAAACCACCAUCCGCACUGACAUGGACCAGAUCAUAACUUCCAAAGAACACGUGACCAGCAAAAUAAGAGCACUUGUGCUGCCCAAGGCAGAGAAGCUUCUGAAGGUGAGUAUCCAGCCGUAUAUCGGCUCAAUCCUGGAAGCGCUGAUGGAGCCAACCAGCAGAGGCUUCUUUGAGGUGCGAGACUUGUUCUUCAGAGAGCUGGUAGACAUGAGCAAGAACCUCCUCAAUGACGGCAACAAGGAAAAACUUGGAGAGCACAUGGAGAAGAUCUCCAUGCUAGCCUUCCAUCCCGUGAAGAUGCAGAGCUGCUAUGAGAAGGUGGAGACUCUGAGUUUAGAGGGACUUCAGCAGCGCUUUGACGUUUCCAGUCCCUCCGUGUUUGCCCAAAGAGCCCAAAUCCUAAUGCGAGAGCAAAUGGAUGAUGCGGUGUACACAUUUGAGCAGCUCUUGCACCAAAGUUUGGAGGGCCAGGAACGGGAGGAUCUCUGUAAAACCAUCCAGCGCUGCCAGGAUCGUGUCAUCAAGAAAUUUGACUACGACAGCAGCACAGUUCGUAAGAAGUUUUUCAGAGAGGCUCUUCUGCAGAUUUUCAUCCCUUACAUGCUGAAACAGCUCUCCCCAUCAUGCUCUGCUGAACUCCCUCGUUUCCAGGAGCUCAUUUUUGAGGAUUUCUCUCGUUUCAUUCUGGUGGAAAACAUAUUUGAGGAGGUGGUGCUGCACACAGUAAUGAAAGAUAUAAUGAUGGCUGUGAAGGAAGCAGCCGUCCAGAGGAGACACAACCUAUACCGAGACAGCAUCGUUUUGACCAACAGCGACCCUAACCUUCACCUGCUGGGGGAGAAUCCUCCCAUCGACUGGGCUGAGGAAUAUGGAGGAGGCCUGGAGGAGGUGGAUGGAGAGCGCGCAGGAGAUCCGGAGGCUCAAAAACGGCGCAGGAUGAAGCAGGUGGUCUCCAUGAUCCAGAUAGAAGGCAAUGCCUCUGUGCUGCCCAAUGAAUCAUGCCUGGAAGUGCCGUCUGUAGACCAUAUUCCAGAAGAGGAGACGGAGGUACGUUCAGACGCCUCAUUAUCCCAAAAGUCAGAGAAGCAAGUGCCCAAUGGAACCAAAGAGGAUGUGAACAAAAAUGCGGUUGAUGAAAAACCACCAACAAACAGAAGUGUACUAAAAGAGGAAGAAAGCACAACAGAAAGGUCACUGCAGGGCACAGAGAGCAAGUCAGCCAUAGACUGUGCCAUACAGGAAAUCGAGAAAGCAGUACAGGAAGAGGAACAUGAAGUCAGGACACAGAAAACUGCAGAGUCGACAUCAAAAGAGGAAACUGCAGCCAAGGAGGUAAAACCCACCUCAAAUUGUGAAGAAGGGGCACGACUAAACCCAGCAGACACAAACAAAGAUGCAACUUCAAGCACAGAGAAGCCUUCGGAUUCACCGGUAAGGGAAGUGGAAGCAGUGACACCAUCAGACCAUCAGGAAAAUGACAUUACGGAGAGCACUCAAGACUCCCACAUGGAGAAUCCCAUCGCUCCAUCACAGCACGACGACAACGGAUUCCAGUCGCCCAUUAAUGAAGCAGCAGAGGAGGAGCAUCAAGCAGGAAAGGAGGAAUGCAAUGACUCUGAAACGGGAGAGGACACUGGGAAGGGAGAAAGUGCACAUAUGGAUCACCAGUGAAAUAUCUCAUGAGCUCUGUUCAUUUACUGUGUGUUUAUGCCUGUAAACAGUGAGUAAAUGCAUCACCCACUGCUCUAAAAUGACUUCUGACUGAGUGACGGGAGCUUUUUGGUGGCGUUUUUACCCAUGAAACACUUUUGUCUCACUAUUCUCUGACUGAAUAGACAUUGUUGUCUGUAUCUUUUUGCAUGCACACUGUCGUAUUUUUUUGCACUUACAAAAACAACGUCACUCAUAGUUGGAGCUGGGCUCGAAUAUGAACACAUCCUAGGUCAAAAUGUCUUCACCUUUCUGUUCACGAUAUUCACCUUUAUUAGAGAUCUCUGUUCCUAGCUUAGUGUCAUUUCAUUUGUGCGUGGUGCAGAAUAACAGACUACAGAAGAAUGAUGUCUUUGCAUUGGAAACCAGUCACAUUAUGCAUUAUCACAUUGUGAUGAUUGUAUGUGGUGCCUUAUUUAAAUUUGCAUGUCGUAUCUGAUGCAUAUUGCUCAUGAUACAGUACUGCCUUGCCAGAAUUCACACUAAAGACACUGAAUUUUUAACAUCAACUUUUUAAUAGAGGUUUGUUUUAUGCAUCAGUGAGGUGGUGAAUCAAAGCAUCUUUUUUGACAUCAGGACGUCCGUUGAGUUGCACAGGAGACAUUUAGCCAGUGAACUAAUACUUGCUGGAAUGCCAAACAAGCUGCAUCUAGUGAAAGCUUGUUUAAGACUGGAGUGUUGCUUGCAUUGCUGCAGCUGGUGGAGUAAGCAUUAUUUUCUUAAACACAGCCGUAAUUUGUUGUGAUUUUCAGAAUUGACUGCAUAGAUUUUUUGUUAACCAAGUCAAACAAGUGUAACUGACUGGAAGCCAUUUUCAUAUGGUGCUUUUCCCUGCUGUUUCAUAGUUCAAUCUAUGGAUUUUUUUUUUUUUGCAUUAUGAUAUCAGUAUCGUCUGGGUUGCACAUGCACGGUAUAGGUCCUAGUGGAAAUAAGUGUCACGUUAUGAUGCUUUGAUUUAAGUGCAGGUGGCUUUUGUAAAGGGGAAUCCAGCAGAUGAGAGCCAUUCAAUUGGUAUUCGUAUUGUUCAAAUUGAAAUUACAAGCAAAUUAUUUAUGUGUAAAAUGUUAUCAGUAGGUUCUGACUCAUGUAUAUGACCACAACCGCUUCCUAAUUUCUUCUAUGCUGACUUUUUAAAGUAGUUUUAUCUAUGAAAUGAUAAUGACUUCAACUUUUAAUUACCGUAAUUGGGUAUUUUUAUUUAUUAGUUACAGCACUUGGUACUAUACAUCAAUCUUUUUAAUUAUAUCCUGCCCAAAUCCUUUUGUGUGUUUAUUGUAUUAUGUUUUGGAACAAUAAAUCAAUAUCACUGAAAGACUG